AUGGACAAGAGGAAGAAAGGAUCUCCAACAGAAUUAAGGCUGAUGGUGGUCGGUAGCAGUGGACACUCUCAGUUCCUACUGACCAACGCCAUACUAGGGAGGGAGGAGUUUCCUAAGGACAUCACCAGCAUUUCUGGCAGCAGGAAGAACACUGGAGAGCUGGCUGGAAGACGAGUGGCUGUGAUCAAUGGGCCAAACAUCUAUGACAAGGAUAUGUCUCCACCCAAGAGGAAGAUGGAGCUGAGGAGGUCUAAGUGCUUGUGUAUUCCUGGUCCCCACGCCUUCCUUGUUGCUUUUGACAUGGACAAAAUCUCCCCGAAUGACAUAAAAACCCAGAGACUGAUGAAGGAACGCUUUGGGAGUCACUGUCUCAGGCACUGCAUGAUCCUCCUGGCUUCUGAAAGAAAUCCAGAGGAAGCUCUCUUGGAGAGCAAGGUGCAGAAGACUGACUGGCACCUGAGAGAACUCAUCGAGAAGUAUGGCGGACGCUUUCACGUCUUCAGCAAGAACUGGCGAGAUCGCAGCCAGGACAGAGAGCUGCUGCAGAAGAUAGAGAGGAUGGUGGCAUCCUUAGGGGGGAGCUACUUCACCAGCAGAACUUUCCAGAAGGCGGAGGACUGCGUGAAGAAGGAGGAGAAGAAACUCCGGAAGCAGAGGGCAGCAGAGAUAGAGAAGGCAUGGACCGACAUGGAGAAGCGGUACAUAGCGGACGAGUUGUAUCACCAGAAGGACGUCUACACCGCCAGUGUUGGCGCUGAUAUCAGAGCCAAGGCAGAGAUGGACAACGGGUGGCUCAGAACAUCCCUGGCCAGAGGGCUGGGGACAGGUUUUGUUGUGGGGGCUGUUAUGGGAGCAUUGGUCGGCUCUAUAGAGGGGCCAGGUGGGAUGGUUCUUUAUGGGAUCAUAGGUGGUGCAGUUGGAGGAUCAGCAGGUGGAACAGCCCAGGUAGCUAUAAAGCAUAUGGAGGACAGAGUGGCUCCACCUGCCAGACUCAACUUUAACUCAAUCUUCAUCAAUCGUUUCUUCACCGCUACUCGACCAUGACAACAUGGCACUGACUUCUUCCCUGUUUUUCAUGAAGACAGUGAAAAGAAAAACUAAAUAUCAUUUGCUCUUGGCUUUGAACUGUUGGUUAUAAAGCUAUCAAGUUGACUAAGUAGCAAGAGAAGGAAAUGUACAACUCCCAAACUUUCUCCCAUGCUCCUUUUUAUUUUAUUAUUUUUUGCACAAGUUAUAUCAUUUACUGUUCUAUACUAUGCUACUGUUAAGGGGAUUACUACGGUGGCCCUAAGGUGCAAAACACAACAUCAAAUGAAAAAAGAAAACGGAAAAUGGGAAAACAUUUAUUAACAGUC